AUGCAGGAGCUGCUGCAGGCUAUGGACGAUGACGUCGUGCUCCGUCAGGUUUUAAGUUGCUUGGAACAUGACCCUCAACUGGACAAGCAGCAGCAAGAGCAACUUUCUCCAUAUCUCGAACUUCGCGACGAGAUCACUUCGGUGGGAGAAGUUAUCCUUGAGUUUUUAAUGGACAUCUUCGUUCGUGAGGGAUACCCUGAAAUUUUGCUUUCGGACCACGGGCCUCAAUUCGAAGCUCUACAGUUCAAGAAUUUUCUUGCCGAGAGGGGUAUACUGCACCGACAGUCGGCAAUAUACCAUCCUGAAGCAAACGGACAGGUGGAACGCUUCAAUAGAGUUCUGAAGGGCUUCCUCCAAACGAUUUCACUCACUGGGAAGAUUGUGUCGCAAGAUGUGAAGGCGUUCCUGGGGAUCUACAGGGCUAUGGCUCACGCAGCAACGGGGUUAUCGCCAUCAGAACUGCUACAUCAGAGGCGCAUGAAAUCAAAACUCGACGUAGCCGGAUUCCCGAACCUGGACAAAGAUAUUCAGAGGGAAAUGGCUUCGCUACGUGAGCGUAUCAAGAAGUAUCAGGAAAAGACUAAAGCUUAUUUCGACGAACGCCACCGUGUGAGGACCCCUAAGUUCCAGCCGGGAGACUAUGUACGCGUCCAUCUACCCGGUCACCGUCCGAAAGGAUCCCGGGCGUACGGUCCGCCCAUCGCCAUACAAGAGAAAGUGGGACUCAGCACGUUUGUCUUGGCAGAUGGGACAGUGCGCAACGCGUCUAGACUAGCUGCAUCCGAAGUUGGACAACAGCCUGUCAACUCAGGGUUACCUACCCAAACAAACUCCACCCUUAGGCGUUCGGAAAGGACACGGAAACCACCGGAUCGCUUCCGACCAUAA